AGUUUUAUUUUGAUUUUUUGUUUUUCUCAAAAGUUUGAUUGAUUAGUUAGUUCUAUGAUAUCUUUUGUAUACGUGUUUAAAAUCUGUAUAUUAUCUGCACGCAAUUUUUAAUCAUCAUCAUCAUCAACAAACAUCGGCAUGAAAUCAAUAUUGAACAGAUGAUGAUGAAUAUCGAUAAUCAUCUUGUUGAAUAUUCUGUCCAUUUUUUUGUUUUGUUUUUUUGAUUUUUCUUUCUUUUUUUUUAUUGAUUGAUUGAUAUCUACAUAUCCACAUAAAUGGAUCAAUUAUUUUUUUUAAUUUUAUUGAAUUGUUCAAUCGGUUUCGGUAGCUAUAUUGCCGGUACAAUACCGAUAUUAUUUUAUUUAUCCGAAUCAAAAGUACGAUUAUUCAGUGUAUUUGGUGCUGGCAUAUUGAUUGGUGCUGCACUUUGUGUGAUUAUACCUGAAGGUAUUAGCAGUAUAUAUCAAUCAGGACAACAACAAAUUCAUCAUCGUCAUCAUCAUCAUAAUGAACGACGAUCAUUGGAACAUAAUUCAUCAAUCAUUUCAAUCGAAAAUGAUGAUAUUGAUGAACAAUAUGAUCCACAUACAGUGAUUGGAUUAACAUUAUUAAUUGGUUUUGUUACAAUGUUAAUUGUUGAUCAAUUUUCCACCGGAAUGACUAAUGGUGGAUCACAUGGUGGUUAUAGCCAAUUGACCACCACCACAACCACUGAUAGCUCAAUUGCAAUCGAUUCUGAAUCCAAUACUAGUAAUCAUCAUCAUCAUCAUCAUUCUAAUAAAAAAAGUACUUCAAAAUUAACUGCAACCAUUGGAUUGAUUGUUCAUUCGGCUGCCGAUGGUAUAGCAUUGGGUGCGGCAGCUACAACAUCACAUGCUGAUGUUGAAAUGAUCGUAUUUUUAGCCAUAUUAUUACAUAAAGCACCAGCAGCAUUCGGUUUGGUUACAUUUUUAUUGCACGAAGGUCUUGAUCGUAAUCGUGCUAAAAGGCAUUUAUUUUGGUUUUCAAUCAGUGCACCAACAGCAUCAUUUAUAACAUAUUUUGGAAUCAAUUCCUCAUCACAGCAAACAUUCCAUGAAUAUAAUGCAACCGGUGUAUCAUUAUUGUUUAGUGCUGGAACAUUUUUAUAUGUAGCCGCUGUACAUGUGUUGCCGGAAAUUACUCAACAUCGACGAUUAAAAAUCAAAGAAUUAUUUCUAUUGAUUGGUGGUUCAUUUUUGCCUUCAUUAUUGACAAUAAAACAUCAUCAUUGAUUGAAUUUUU